AUAAAUGACCCAUUUCCCAAAGUCCAUUACACAGAAACAAAAAUUUACAUUUUUGACUGCUAUCAAUAAUUUCAAUAUUUAUAUUACAAAUUAUACUUUUUAUUCAUGAUUUUAAAAUUUUAUUUUAUAAAAUUUUGGUGAAAAAAAUUUAGAAAACGUUUAUGUAAUAAUUCAAAACUUUUGAGUGUUAUAUAUAUAUAUAUAUAUUAUUAAAAAUAUAUCAUGUAAAAUAUAUUUUUAAACUCACUUCGGGCCUCUAAAAAAUUUUAGACGGCACUGAAUGGUCUCUGCGGUUAGUGGAGAUCCGAUGAAACUUUGACACAAGGAUCCCUGGAUGGGGACCUCUAGAUUGUGACCUGAGAAGAUUCAUCCAAAACCUGUCGUCUUCCUGUCUUUUUCCCACGCCGCAUCCCUCUUGCAGAUAACAAAGGUGUCAUCUUGAUGAAGCCUAUUCACGUGACUGGUACCGGUCUGAGCAGACAACUCAUUCACUUUAGGUUUGUAAAUUUGUUGUAAAAUUCAUGUCUAUUAGACUAAUAUUGAAAUAGUAUAUUUAAGAUACAAUUAAAUUCAUAAUUUCUGAUAUUGAUUAAACAGUAAGAUUUUUCAUGAUCAUUUAUUUUUCUAUAAUUUUAAUGUUUCCAAUAUUUUGUAUCUUCCAAUAACAUUUUAGUUUGUUAAUAUAUAUAUAUAUAUUUAAUAAACCGAAAAUAAGUAGGUAUGAAGCCAAUGUGAAUGUAAAAAAAAAAAAUGUUUUGUUGAAGCAGAUAUUUGGUUGAAUGUAUAUAGCCAUAUAGGACGCGAUUGCGUGCCCAUAGCUAUUGAGAAUUUAACCAAUAAACUUGUACUAAUUCUCACAUGAGCGAUGGCUGCUGAGAAUUUUUGUUUUCAUAAUAAGUUUAUUCACAGGGAACUGCUUUAAGGAGUCUAUACCCUGUUUAGUUUUAAUCAUUUUAUACUUAUAAAAUAAAUUUAUUCUUCUAAUAUAUUUCACAAAUUAGGGAAAGAUAUCAACUUGAAAUCUGAAUUCCAAUAUCUGUAGAACACCAAAGUUCACAAUCGAUUUAUAAUAAUCUUCCUACAAGGGAUUUUUACUGGAGGCAGAUAAUAAUAAACUGUUGAUUAAAUUAAAUGAUAAGAAAACAUUAAUACCACCUUGACGUGGGAACGAUACAUGUAUAUUUAGCCCAUUAACUAUAGCCGUAAAAAAGAAGUUUGACUCUCUUCUAGUGGAACAUGAAUCGUCCUCAAAGAACAUAAACGGUCACAAAGUUCGAAGGGACCUAUUACAAUUUAUAGAGCCAAACAUUUAAUGAGACUAUCGAUCCUCUACAUUUGAUUCCUUAUAUAUAAGGACAUGGUGUUUAAUUGAAAAACAUCCAUAUGAUAAAAAUGGAGGUUCAAGAGUCUAAAAUUUUAAGUCAAUGUAGCCGUAUGCAAAAAAUACUUCUGGUUGGAGAAGGAGAGUUUUCAUUUUCAUUGUCUCUAGCUAAAGCCUUUGCUUAUGUCGCCAAGAUCACUGCUGUAUCUCUUGAUGUUCGAGUUGGACUAGGGCGUCAGUACAGCAAUGGAGAUGCGAACGUGAAAGAACUGGAGAGUCUUGGGUGCACCGUGGUUCGUGGUAUCAACGUACACACUAUGACCUCAGACUAUCGGCUAUCUCGAUAUGACAGAAUUGUCUUUAAUUUUCCUCAUGCAGGGAAACACAAAGAUGUGGUGACAGGAUUCAUGCAGAGUGCCCCCGAGAUGAUGAACGAAGGCGGAGAGAUUCAUUUCACUAAUAUGACAAUGUACCCGUUUAACAAGUUGGAUAUAAAAUCUCUUGCUGGAGAAAACGGUUUGCGUCUUAUCAAGCAGAUGCAAUUCAAGAAAUGGAUAUUUCCAUGUUAUUCAAAUAAGUGUGAAUGUAGCUGCGACUCUCACUCUCACUCUCACUUCCCCUUCCAAGUAGUUGUUAUUUCUAUGCUUAAGAAAUAAACUCUUCGUUUUCUUUAAUAUUAAAAAUAAUAACAAUAAAUUAUUUGAAAUGUAUAUUGCACUUGCACAUUCCGUAUUUUUACCUGGCUCUAAUUAAUUAUGGCCAUAAAUAAUUCUUUUUGCACCAAAAUGCAACUAUACGUACGCACAACAUGAAAGGUCAUCAUAUUAAUUCGAUGUCCAAAUAGUUCUUCCAUACUGUAGUGUGCAAAUUGAAAUAAAAAGAUGGCACAUUCUUGAUUUUGUGUACAAACUCUUGUUAUAUGUGUUUACUAUUUACACAAUUAUGUACAAUAGAGAUCAUCAUUUAUUUGAUAGGAAAUGUAGUUUACAAAACAGAUGAUGUUGUUAUUUUAACGAAGCAAAUCCCAUUAAUAAGAAUUGAGGAGAUCUUUGUUUUCCAUUAGUUGGCUCGUGCGAGGAGCAAGUCGAGAGGGAGGAAGAGGGACCGGUAGGAAGAUGCGAUGGAUGUGGAUGAUGAGGGGGAACAGGCAGAGGCGUGCCUACAGUGUAUUGAAAAAGGCAUUCGCCUUAGGCCCCCAAAUAAUAUUACGUUUUUUAGGGCCCCAAAAUUUAAAAUAAUUUCUAGUUUAGUUGCUUAAACUUAUUUCUAAAAAAAACUUUCCACGAGAAUCGAAUAACUCAAUUUCUAAAUUCAUAUAUUUUUUUUAUAGGACAUAAUAUAGGAUAUUUACGUAAUAAGUGUUCAACUUAUGUAUUUCGCGAAGGUGAUAUAUCAUAUUAGAAAAUUUUUUUUUUAUAGUUGCAUAUAAAUUUAUUUUUUAAACUUGCCUUAGGUCCCUGAAAUCCUUCGCACGGCACUGGGAACAGGGGAACAAGAAGAUGCGCGUGAGGUCGAAGUCGAGGUCUAUGUCUAUAUCAAGGUCACAGUCUAGGUCGCCUACUCAUGAGGUUGUGCCUGGUGAUGGGUUUAAAGACUCUACU